UCAAGAUGGGGUUUGGCAGGGGGAUAUGGCUACCAGAAUGGGCUUUCCUGUUAGCAGUUUGCUGUGUCCAUCAAAUAGGAGGUCAGAUUGGAAUCCAAAUAGGAAGUCAGUUCUCUGGGGGUCUUCUACAGAAACAAAAUGCUUCUUUCAGAAUUUCAGCUAACUUGAACAUCAUCCCACCACUGCUGACAAAUCUAGCAAUAACACCUUCCAAUCCUGCUCACAAUGGCCGUGUGUGCAGCACAUGGGGCAACUUCCACUUUAAGACCUUUGAUGGAGACAUAUUCACCUUCCCUGGGCUCUGUAAUUAUGUUUUUGCCUCCCACUGCAACGCUCCCUAUGAGGACUUCAACAUCCAGAUUAGGCGUGAAGUGGUGGAAAACACUCCAACAAUCAACCGCAUCAUGAUGAAACUCGAAGGUGUCGUGGUGGAACUAACAAAGGAUGCUGUCAUGAUCGAUGGCAAUGGAGUUCAACUGCCAUAUAGUCAAUCUGGUAUUACAAUAGAGAAGAGUAGUAUUUAUGUGAAAGUUGGCAGCAAAAUCGGUGUUGUGUUAUUGUGGAAUGAAAAGGACAGCAUCCUGCUGGAAUUGAAUGAGAAAUAUGCCAAUCAAACUUGUGGACUUUGUGGUGACUUCAAUGGCUUUCCCAUAUACAAUGAGUUUAUUUCAAACAAUAUUAAGAUGACAGCUUUGCAGUUUGGGAAUAUGCACAAAAUGGAUGGGCCAACAGAACGCUGUGAAGACACCACUUCUAUCCCAACAUAUAACUGCACUGAUAAUCUUGAUGACAUAUGCCAGAAAACAUUGACCAGCUCUGCAUUUGCAGAGUGUAAUGACCUAGUUGAUGUUAAAGAUUACAUUAAGGCUUGCCAAAAUGACUUGUGCAGCUCUGCAGAAUCUAAAAACAGCUCAUGCAUCUGUGACACCUUUGCUGAGUACUCCCGGCAGUGUGCUCAUGCUGGUGGGCAGCCCCUGGACUGGAGAACCUCAAAACUUUGCCCCAAGGAGUGUCCUUACAAGAUGCAGUACCAGGAAUGCAACUCCCCCUGCGCUGAUACAUGCAGGAAUCCUGAACGAUCUCUGUUUUGUGAAGAACACUGUAUUGAUGGCUGUUUCUGCCCCCCAGGGACUGUAUUUGAUGACAUCAACAAUUCUGGCUGCAUUCCCCAGCAGGAGUGCUCCUGUAUUUACAAUGGCAAAACCUAUGCUACAGGAGCUUCUUUUUCAGAGCCAUGCCAGACCUGUACCUGUAACGGAGGCCAGUGGAGUUGCCAAGACAAGUCAUGCCCAGGAACAUGCUCUGUAGUGGGAGGUUCCCACAUUUCCACAUAUGAUAAGAAGCAUUACGAUCACCAUGGAGACUGCACUUACGUCCUCUCUAAGGACUGUAAAGAUGAAAAAUUUACCAUCCUGGUAGAACUACUCAAAUGUGGCCUAACUGACACUGAGACCUGCUUAAAGUCAGUGACCCUCAAUAUGAAUAAAGGACAAACUAUCGUCAAGGUCAAACCUGAUGGUGGUGUGUUUGUGAACUCCAUCUACACCCAGCUGCCCAUGUCAGCAGCUAAUGUCACCAUGUUCAGACCUUCAUCAUUCUUCAUGAUCAUGGACACAAGCUUUGGUGUCCAGGUUGAAGUGCAAUUCACACCCAUGAUGCAAGUGUUUGUGCGCCUGGAUGCUUCUUUCAAAAACCAGACUUGUGGUCUCUGUGGAAAUUUCAAUAACAUCCAAACUGAUGACUUCAAGGUUAUAAGUGGAAUAAUUGAAGGAACAGCAUCAGCAUUUGCUAAUACAUGGAAAACUCAGGCUUCAUGCCCUAAUAUCCAGCAGAGUUUUGAGAAUCCUUGUGCACUCAGCAUUGAUAAUGAAAAAUACGCUCAGCAUUGGUGUGGACUACUCACUGACAGCACAGGACCUUUUGCUGCUUGUCACUAUGCAGUGAAUCCCAAUGUUUACCACACGAACUGCAUGUUUGACACAUGUAACUGUGAAAAUAGUGAAGACUGUCUGUGUGCAUCCCUGUCUUCCUAUGUGAGAGCUUGUGCUGAAAAAGGAAUCCAGCUGCAGGGAUGGAGGGCUGAUGUCUGUUCAAAAUACACCACCUCAUGCCCCAAAUCCCUGACCUACAGCUAUACCAUCUCUUCCUGUCAACCCACCUGCCGGUCUCUGAGUGAGCCUGAUGUCACAUGCAACAUCAAAUUUGUCCCAGUUGAUGGCUGCACCUGCGUAAAUGGAACCUACAUGGAUGAGAGUGGCAAAUGUGUGCCUGCUAAUGAAUGCCCCUGCUACUAUAGAGGAUCUCCAAUACAAUUUGGAGAAGUUGUCCAUGAAAAUGGGCGUGUAUGCACUUGUGUCCAGGGAAGACUGAAUUGCAUUGGAACACUAAAUCCAACUCCAGUCUGUGAAUCUCCCAUGGUCUACUUUGACUGUAAAAACAUCACUGCAGGAACAACUGGAGCAGAAUGUCAAAAAAGUUGCCAGACUCUGGAUAUGCAGUGUUAUAGCUCACAAUGUACACCUGGCUGCGUGUGCCCAGAUGGGCUUGUGUUAGAUGGGAAUGGUGGUUGUAUUCCUGAAGAGGAAUGUCCAUGUAUUCACAAUGAAGCCAUGUAUCAGCCUGGGGAAAAGAUCAACUUUGACUGUAACACCUGUAUAUGCAAGAAUAGAAAGUGGGAAUGUACCAAAGAUCAAUGUCUGGGCACUUGUGCUGUUUAUGGAGAUGGUCACUAUAAUACCUUUGAUGACAAAAGGUUCAGCUUCAAUGGAAACUGUGAAUACACACUAGUCCAGGACCACUGUGGGAAAAGUGGCACAGUCAAUGGGACCUUCAGGGUUGUCACUGAAAAUAUUCCCUGUGGCAACACUGGGACAACAUGCUCAAAAUCUAUCAAAGUUUUCUUAGAGAGCUAUGAAAUGAUCCUUGGUGAAGAGCAUGUCAGUGUCGUAAAGAGAGGAGAGAAUGAUGAGGUGCCAUACACAGUCCGCUAUAUGGGAGUGUACUUGGUAAUUGAGACCAAAAGUGGACUGAUCCUCAUGUGGGACAAGAAAACCAGCAUCUUCAUCAAGCUCAGCCCCGGUUUCAAGGGCCAGGUCUGUGGUCUCUGUGGAAAUUAUGAUGGCAACAGCGUCAAUGACUUUACUACAAGGAGUCAAUCUGUAGUACAGAAUGUCCUAGAGUUUGGAAACAGCUGGAAAGUAUCCUCUACAUGCCCUGAUGCUUCCAGUGUCAAAGACCCGUGCUCUACCAACCCUUAUCGGAAGUCCUGGUCAGAGAAGCAGUGUAGCAUCAUCAACAGCAACAUCUUUGCUGCCUGUCACUCUCAGGUCGAACCAGCAAAAUAUUAUCAAGCAUGUGUGACAGACGCUUGUGCCUGCGACACUGGAGGAGACUGUGAUUGCUUUUGUACAGCAGUAGCUGCCUAUGCUCAGGCAUGUAGUGAAGUUGGUGUAUGCAUAGCCUGGAGAAGCCCAUCAAUUUGUCCACUGUUCUGUGAUUAUUACAAUCAACAAGGAGAAUGUGAAUGGCACUAUAAGCCUUGUGGUGCUUCCUGUAUGAAGACCUGUAAGAACCCAAGUGGAAAAUGCCUCAAUGACUUGCCAGGUUUAGAAGGCUGCUACCCUAACUGCCCACCAGACAAGCCAUAUUUUCAUGAGGAUCAGAUGAAGUGUGUUAGUCUCUGUGACUGUUAUGAUAAUGAAGAUGGAAAGAUAUAUAAACGGGAUGAAUGUAAGAUAUGUGAGUGCACAUCAGAAGGUUUACAGUGCAAGUUCGAUGAUAAAGCCUGCAACUGCAUUUAUGAAGAGAAGAGCUAUAAAUAUGAUGAACUCGUCUAUAACACCACAGAUGGAACUGGAUGGUGUUUCAGUGCAACAUGCGAUGUCAAUGGAACAAUAAGCAGAAACAUCUUUAAAUGUGACAUUUUUACAACCCCAUUUACAUUUUCCACAAGCUUAUGUUUCCUCCUUUAAAUUACAGAAACGACAACUGCAACACCAGUGACAACUGUAUGUGUGAAAAAUGUCUGUGAGUGGUCAGAAUGGUAUGAUUCCACUCAGCCUGAAGACAAAGAGGACGGCGGAGAUAAUGAAACAUUUCAGAAUCUCAAGGAUAAAGGAUACAGUGUAUGUGCAAAUCCAAGUGAUGUUCAAUGCAGAGCCAAAGAAUAUCCAGAUACAGAAAUUACCAACCUUAGCCAGACAAUAGAGUGUAGUCAAAGCAGAGGAUUAAUAUGCAAGAACCAGGACCAAGAAUCUAAGCAGUGCUAUAAUUAUGAAAUCAGAGUAUCAUGCUGCAGAUACAUACCAUGUUCAGAAAUACAAACUACAACAACAACGACCACAAGAGAAUUCACAACUAGUGCUGUAGAAUCAACACCAUUUACAGUACAGACAAUGAUAAAACCAACAACACAAAACCAAGAAAGUGAAGUAACUACAAUACCACUGAGAGAAAGAACGACUCCUCUGACGGAAACCUCAGUAACACCAACGACAUCGCAAGUCUCAACAACAGGUUACCAAAUCACAACUACUACACCAGAAACCUCCACUGUGGAGACCCAAGCUCCAUCAUCAACCAUUACCAUCUCAACUCUCGCAGAAUCAACACUAGAAACCACUCCUAGCACCAAAAUAAUCACCAGUACUACUGCCGUGCCAACACAAGGCACAACGGUCGUUACACCCACACCAAGAGUGCCUACCCCAGCUACCACUACUGCCAGCACUUCCACAACCACCAUAGAAAGCACCCCUACAUCUACAAAAAAAACUCUUCCAACUGUAUUAUCCACUGUUGCUAUUCAAACAACAUCACCCAUUAUGGCCUCCACUCCACAUACUAAAAUAAGAACCACCACUGCCACCACCGCUCUCCCCAGCACCACAGCCCCAUCCACAGAAGGCACAACCAUCAUCGCUACCACCACCAGCACCUCUCCCCCUCAGAACGAAGGCACAACUAGCAUCACCCCACCCACAACAACAGUGCCCACCCCAGCUACCACCACUGUCCGCAUCUCCAAUACCACAGACAACUGCGUGGUGGAGCACUGUGCCUGGACACAGUGGUUUAAUGUGGACUCCCCUACUCCAGGCAGUGAAAAUGGAGAUACAGAGACUUUUGAAAGCAUCCGAGCCGCUGGGUAUGAGCUGUGUGACAAGCCACGAGACAUCAAGUGCCGUGCCAAAGAUUACCCCGACAGGAUUGUGAAAAUAAUGGGACAGAAAUUUGAGUGCAGCAUUGACAGGGGGCUUGUGUGCAGAAAUAAGGAUCAGCCUCUCAAGUACCCCACAUGCUUCGACUAUGAGGUCUCGGUGCUGUGCUGUGACCGGAAAAACUGCCAGACCACAGUGCCACCACCAAGAACCACUCCAGGAACAACAAAAGGAACCACCACCAUCACCCCCAGACCAUCAGUGCCCACCCCAGCCACAAGCACUGCCAGUACCACAAGGACUGGCGAGGGAAGCACCACAAGAGCCUCACGCACCCCUGCUCCAGGAGAAACCUCCACUGUGGCAACCCAGGCUCCAACAUCUCCCACAACAACCUCCAAAGUUAAAAUUAGAACCACCACUGCCACCACCGCUCUCCCCAGCCCCACAGCCCCAUCCACAGAAGGCACAACCAUCAUCGCUACCACCACCAGCACCUCUCCCCCUCUGACUGAAGGUACAACCACCAUCACCCCACCCACGACAACAGUGCCCACCCCAGCCACAAGUACUGCCAGUACCUCAAGGACUAUCGAGGGAAGCACCACAAGAGCCUCACGCACCCCUGCUCCAGGAGAAACCUCCACUGUGGCAACCCAGGCUCCAACAUCUCCCACAACAACCUCCAAAGUUAAAAUUAGAACCACCACUGCCACCACCGCUCUCCCCAGCCCCACAGCCCCAUCCACAGAAGGCACAACCAUCAUCGCUACCACCACCAGCACCUCUCCCCCUCUGACUGAAGGUACAACCACCAUCACCCCACCCACGACAACAGUGCCCACCCUAGCCACAAGUACUGCCAGUACCUCAAGGACUAUCGAGGGAAGCACCACAAGAGCCUCACGCACCCCUGCUCCAGGAGAAACCUCCACUGCGGCAACCCAGGCUCCAACAUCUCCCACAACAACCUCCAAAGUUAAAAUUAGAACCACCACUGCCACCACUGCUCUCCCCAGCCCCACAGCCCCAUCCACAGAAGGCACAACCAUUAUCGCUACCACCACAAGGACCUCUCCCCCUCUGACUGAAGGUACAACCACCAUCACCCCACCCAUGACAACAGUGCCCACCCCAGCCACAAGUACUGCCAGUACCUCAAGGACUAUCGAGGGAAGCACCACAAGAGCCUCACGCACCCCUGCUCCAGGAGAAACCUCCACUGCGGCAACCCAGGCUCCAACAUCUCCCACAACAACCUCCAAAGUUAAAAUUAGAACCACCACUGCCACCACCGCUCUCCCCAGCCCCACAGCCCCAUCCACAGAAGGCACAACCAUCAUCGCUACCACCACAAGGACCUCUCCCCCUCUGACUGAAGGUACAACCACCAUCACCCCACCCACGACAACAGUGCCCACCCUAGCCACAAGUACUGCCAGUACCUCAAGGACUAUCGAGGGAAGCACCACAAGAGCCUCACGCACCCCUGCUCCAGGAGAAACCUCCACUGCGGCAACCCAGGCUCCAACAUCUCCCACAACAACCUCCAAAGUUAAAAUUAGAACCACCACUGCCACCACUGCUCUCCCCAGCCCCACAGCCCCAUCCACAGAAGGCACAACCAUUAUCGCUACCACCACAAGGACCUCUCCCCCUCUGACUGAAGGUACAACCACCAUCACCCCACCCAUGACAACAGUGCCCACCCCAGCCACAAGUACUGCCAGUACCUCAAGGACUAUCGAGGGAAGCACCACAAGAGCCUCACGCACCCCUGCUCCAGGAGAAACCUCCACUGCGGCAACCCAGGCUCCAACAUCUCCCACAACAACCUCCAAAGUUAAAAUUAGAACCACCACUGCCACCACUGCUCUCCCCAGCCCCACAGCCCCAUCCACAGAAGGCACAACCAUCAUCGCUACCACCACAAGGACCUCUCCCCCUCAGAAUGAAGGCACAACCACCAUCACCCCACCCACAACAACAGUGCCCACCCCAGCCACAAGCACUGCCAGUACCUCAAGGACUACCGAGGGAAGCACCACAAGAGCCUCACGCACCCCUGCUCCAGGAGAAACCUCCACUGUGGCAACCCAGGCUCCAACAUCUCCCACAACAACCUCCAAAGUUAAAAUUAGAACCACCACUGCCACCACCGCUCUCCCCAGCCCCACAGCCCCAUCCACAGAAGGCACAACCAUCAUCGCUACCACCACCAGCACCUCUCCCCCUCUGACUGAAGGUACAACCACCAUCACCCCACCCACGACAACAGUGCCCACCCCAGCCACAAGUACUGCCAGUACCUCAAGGACUAUCGAGGGAAGCACCACAAGAGCCUCACGCACCCCUGCUCCAGGAGAAACCUCCACUGCGGCAACCCAGGCUCCAACAUCUCCCACAACAACCUCCAAAGUUAAAAUUAGAACCACCACUGCCACCACCGCUCUCCCCAGCCCCACAGCCCCAUCCACAGAAGGCACAACCAUCAUCGCUACCACCACAAGGACCUCUCCCCCUCUGACUGAAGGUACAACCACCAUCACCCCACCCACGACAACAGUGCCCACCCCAGCCACAAGUACUGCCAGUACCUCAAGGACUAUCGAGGGAAGCACCACAAGAGCCUCACGCACCCCUGCUCCAGGAGAAACCUCCACUGCGGCAACCCAGGCUCCAACAUCUCCCACAACAACCUCCAAAGUUAAAAUUAGAACCACCACUGCCACCACUGCUCUCCCCAGCCCCACAGCCCCAUCCACAGAAGGCACAACCAUUAUCGCUACCACCACAAGGACCUCUCCCCCUCUGACUGAAGGUACAACCACCAUCACCCCACCCAUGACAACAGUGCCCACCCCAGCCACAAGUACUGCCAGUACCUCAAGGACUAUCGAGGGAAGCACCACAAGAGCCUCACGCACCCCUGCUCCAGGAGAAACCUCCACUGCGGCAACCCAGGCUCCAACAUCUCCCACAACAACCUCCAAAGUUAAAAUUAGAACCACCACUGCCACCACUGCUCUCCCCAGCCCCACAGCCCCAUCCACAGAAGGCACAACCAUCAUCGCUACCACCACAAGGACCUCUCCCCCUCAGAAUGAAGGCACAACCACCAUCACCCCACCCACAACAACAGUGCCCACCCCAGCCACAAGCACUGCCAGUACCUCAAGGACUAUCGAGGGAAGCACCACAAGAGCCUCACGCACCCCUGCUCCAGGAGAAACCUCCACUGUGGCAACCCAGGCUCCAACAUCUCCCACAACAACCUCCAAAGUUAAAAUUAGAACCACCACUGCCACCACCGCUCUCCCCAGCCCCACAGCCCCAUCCACAGAAGGCACAACCAUCAUCGCUACCACCACAAGGACCUCUCCCCCUCUGACUGAAGGUACAACCACCAUCACCCCACCCAUGACAACAGUGCCCACCCCAGCCACAAGUACUGCCAGUACCUCAAGGACUAUCGAGGGAAGCACCACAAGAGCCUCACGCACCCCUGCUCCAGGAGAAACCUCCACUGCGGCAACCCAGGCUCCAACAUCUCCCACAACAACCUCCAAAGUUAAAAUUAGAACCACCACUGCCACCACUGCUCUCCCCAGCCCCACAGCCCCAUCCACAGAAGGCACAACCAUCAUCGCUACCACCACAAGGACCUCUCCCCCUCUGACUGAAGGUACAACCACCAUCACCCCACCCACGACAACAGUGCCCACCCCAGCCACAAGUACUGCCAGUACCUCAAGGACUAUCGAGGGAAGCACCACAAGAGCCUCACGCACCCCUGCUCCAGGAGAAACCUCCACUGCGGCAACCCAGGCUCCAACAUCUCCCACAACAACCUCCAAAGUUAAAAUUAGAACCACCACUGCCACCACCGCUCUCCCCAGCCCCACAGCCCCAUCCACAGAAGGCACAACCAUCAUCGCUACCACCACCAGCACCUCUCCCCCUCUGACUGAAGGUACAACCACCAUCACCCCACCCACGACAACAGUGCCCACCCCAGCCACAAGCAUAGCCAGUACCACAAGGACUAUCGAGGGAAGCACCACAAGAGCCUCACGCACCCCUGCUCCAGGAGAAACCUCCACUGUGGCAACCCAGGCUCCAACAUCUCCCACAACAACCUCCAAAGUUAAAAUUAGAACCACCACUGCCACCACCGCUCUCCCCAGCCCCACAGCCCCAUCCACAGAAGGCACAACCAUCAUCGCUACCACCACAAGGACCUCUCCCCCUCUGACUGAAGGUACAACCACCAUCACCCCACCCACGACAACAGUGCCCACCCCAGCCACAAGUACUGCCAGUACCACAAGGACUAUCGAGGGAAGCACCACAAGAGCCUCACGCACCCCUGCUCCAGGAGAAACCUCCACUGCGGCAACCCAGGCUCCAACAUCUCCCACAACAACCUCCAAAGUUAAAAUUAGAACCACCACUGCCACCACCGCUCUCCCCAGCCCCACAGCCCCAUCCACAGAAGGCACAACCAUCAUCGCUACCACCACAAGGACCUCUCCCCCUCUGACUGAAGGUACAACCACCAUCACCCCACCCAUGACAACAGUGCCCACCCCAGCCACAAGUACUGCCAGUACCUCAAGGACUAUCGAGGGAAGCACCACAAGAGCCUCACGCACCCCUGCUCCAGGAGAAACCUCCACUGCGGCAACCCAGGCUCCAACAUCUCCCACAACAACCUCCAAAGUUAAAAUUAGAACCACCACUGCCACCACCGCUCUCCCCAGCACCACAGCCCCAUCCACAGAAGGCACAACCAUCAUCGCUACCACCACCAGCACCUCUCCCCCUCAGAACGAAGGCACAACUAGCAUCACCCCACCCACAACAACAGUGCCCACCCCAGCUACCACCACUGUCCGCAUCUCCAAUACCACAGACAACUGCGUGGUGGAGCACUGUGCCUGGACACAGUGGUUUAAUGUGGACUCCCCUACUCCAGGCAGUGAAAAUGGAGAUACAGAGACUUUUGAAAGCAUCCGAGCCGCUGGGUAUGAGCUGUGUGACAAGCCACGAGACAUCAAGUGCCAUGCCAAAGAUUACCCCGACAGGAUUGUGAAAAUAAUGGGACAGAAAUUUGAGUGCAGCAUUGACAGGGGGCUUGUGUGCAGAAAUAAGGAUCAGCCUCUCAAGUACCCCACAUGCUUCGACUAUGAGGUCUCGGUGCUGUGCUGUGACAGGAAAAACUGCCAGACCACAGUGCCACCACCAAGAACCACUGUAAGCACCUCCACUACCUACCUCCAAACAGAAAGCACCACAGUAGCAACCCAACCUGCAGCAACACCAACUGCUGCCACCACACUUCCACAGCCAGGAACAACAAAAGGAACCACCACCAUCACCCCCAGACCAUCAGUGCCCACCUCAGCCACAAGCACUGCCAGUACCACAAGGACUGGCGAGGGAAGCACCACAAGAGCCUCACGCACCCCUGCUCCAGGAGAAACCUCCACUGUGGCAACCCAGGCUCCAACAUCUCCCACAACAACCUCCAAAGUUAAAAUUAGAACCACCACUGCCACCACCGCUCUCCCCAGCCCCACAGCCCCAUCCACAGAAGGCACAACCAUCAUCACUACCACCACCAGCACCUCUCCCCCUCUGACUGAAGGUACAACCACCAUCACCCCACCCACGACAACAGUGCCCACCCCAGCCACAAGCACAGCCAGUACCACAAGAACUACCGAGGGAAGCACCACAAGAGCCUCACCCACCCCUGCUCCAGGAGAAACCUCCACUGCGGCAACCCAGGCUCCAACAUCUCCCACAACAACCUCCAAAGUUAAAAUUAGAACCACCACUGCCACCACCGCUCUCCCCAGCCCCACAGCCCCAUCCACAGAAGGCACAACCAUCAUCACUACCACCACAAGGACCUCUCCCCCUCUGACUGAAGGUACAACCACCAUCACCCCACCCACGACAACAGUGCCCACCCCAGCCACAAGCACAGCCAGUACCACAAGAACUACCAAGGGAAGCACCACAAGAGCAUCACCCACCCCUGCUCCAGGAGAAACCUCCACUGCGGCAACCCAGGCUCCAACAUCUCCCACAACAACCUCCAAAGUUAAAAUUAGAACCACCACUGCCACCACUGCUCUCCCCAGCCCCACAGCCCCAUCCACAGAAGGCACAACCAUCAUCGCUACCACCACCAGCACCUCUCCCCCUCUGACUGAAGGUACAACCACCAUCACCCCACCCACGGCAACAGUGCCCACCCCAGCCACAAGUACUGCCAGUACCUCAAGGACUAUCGAGGGAAGCACCACAAGAGCCUCACGCACCCCUGCUCCAGGAGAAACCUCCACUGCGGCAACCCAGGCUCCAACAUCUCCCACAACAACCUCCAAAGUUAAAAUUAGAACCACCACUGCCACCACCGCUCUCCCCAGCCCCACAGCCCCAUCCACAGAAGGCACAACCAUCAUCGCUACCACCACCAGCACCUCUCCCCCUCAGAACGAAGGCACAACUAGCAUCACCCCACCCACAACAACAGUGCCCACCCCAGCUACCACCACUGUCCGCAUCUCCAAUACCACAGACAACUGCGUGGUGGAGCACUGUGCCUGGACACAGUGGUUUAAUGUGGACUCCCCUACUCCAGGCAGUGAAAAUGGAGAUACAGAGACUUUUGAAAGCAUCCGAGCCGCUGGGUAUGAGCUGUGUGACAAGCCACGAGACAUCAAGUGCCGUGCCAAAGAUUACCCCGACAGGAUUGUGAAAAUAAUGGGACAGAAAUUUGAGUGCAGCAUUGACAGGGGGCUUGUGUGCAGAAAUAAGGAUCAGCCCCUCAAGUACCCCACAUGCUUCGACUAUGAGGUCUCAGUGCUGUGCUGUGACCGGAAAAACUGCCAGACCACAGUGCCACCACCAGGAACCACUGUAAGCACCUCCACUACCUACCUCCAAACAGAAAGCACCACAGUAGCAACCCAACCUGCAGCAACACCAACUGCUGCCACCACACUUCCACAGCCAGGAACAACAAAAGGAACCACCACCAUCACCCCCAGACCAUCAGUGCCCACCCCAGCCACAAGCACUGCCAGUACCACAAGGACUGGCGAGGGAAGCACCACAAGAGCCUCACCCACCUCUGCUCCAGGAGAAACCUCCACUGUGGCAACCCAGGCUCCAACAUCACCUACUUCUGCCUCCAGUUCACCCAAAAUAAAAUUAAGAACCACUACUGGCAGCACAGCUGUGCUCACUACCACUCUUCCUCAGCCUAGAAGUACCACAGGCACUACAGAAAUUCUUACAACAUCCUUUUCUUCUACUGUAGAAAAGAUUGCUACCACGGUUUUAUCCAGCACCACUGUCAGCCCAGUAGCUUCAACUGGUACAUCACAGUCAAGUCAUGUUACAAGAAGCACUCCUGCAACCUUCAGUUCUUCCACCAGCACAUCUUUUACAUCCAGCAAAAUAACUCCAUGCUUUUGUCAUGUGUUUGAAACUUUAUUUUCUCCUGGGGAAGUGGUUUACAACAGAACAGAUAGAGCUGGCUGUAAUUUUUAUGCACUUUGCAAUAAGGAAUGUGAAAUUGAGCCAUUCCAGGGGCCAUGUCCUUUCACAACACCUGUUCCUUCAGUUGCCUCCUCAACUACACCACAAGCUGCCUCACCAACCAUAGCAACAACCCUCACAACUUCAGUAGAAAGAAACUGUACUGAUGUGAAUCCUCCACGAAAGCCGGGAGAGGAGUGGAUAAAUGAAUGCCAGAAGUGUGUCUGUGACUCCCUCACUGCUACUGUGCAAUGCCAGCCGCUCCCAUGCCAAACAGCUCAGCAAACAAUUUGUGACCUAGGAUUUAUUUCCAUGGCUGUACUACCACAGAAAGACCCAUGUUGUCCCGAAUUUGAAUGCCAACCAAUACCUGGUGUCUGUGUGAUUAACGGAACACUGCACACGGUUGGAAAGCCAGUACUAAUCGAUUCAUGUAAGAAGUGUACCUGCAGUUCUGAGAAAGACCCAGAGACUAACACAAACAUUAUCCAUUGUGAAACAGCUCCGUGUGACACCUCUUGCCCGCUGGGUUACCAAUACAUGACUGAGGAAGGAGAGUGCUGCGGGAAGUGUAUUGAAGUAGCUUGCAAAGUCAAACUCAGUAACCACACUGUUCAAGAGUUCAAGGUUAAUGAGAUCCUGCCACUCGAUCAAUGCAGCCAUUACAAAUGUGAAAAAAUUGAAGAUCAGUUUGUUGCAGUCCAAAUUAAAAAAGUAUGCCCUGAGUACGACCCCGGAGAGUGCGAUCCUGAUGAAGCAGAGACUACUCCUGAUGGCUGCUGCAAAAUAUGUAAACCUAAAAACUGCAGGCCUUACAGCAAGAAAACUGUGAUACAUCAUGCUGACUGUGAGUCUUCUGAACCUGUUGAGCUGUCAUAUUGUGAAGGAACUUGUCCUGGCUCCUCAGUGUACUCUGUUGAAGCAAACCAGAUGGAACACACGUGUGGUUGCUGCCAGGAACUCAGAACCCAAACAAGAGAGGUGACCCUGACUUGCCGAAAUGGAACCAGCAUAAAUUAUAACUAUCUCUACGUGGAAAACUGCCACUGUGUGAACGCUUGCUCUUCAGAAACCUCUGCAGAAAGUGACUCCCAAAUUCAACAAUCUGUAAAAUAUGGCUCCCAACUGCAACAGGCUGUAUCAAUUGGUUCCCAAUGGCAACUCAGCUGAAGAUACGAUCAUUGGAAAAAGAAAGCAGAGACCCUAGGAAAGCUGGAAUGAUGUCUUCCCCAGAGUAACUUGUGCUCCUUCUUUAACAUUCUUUUUUCAUUUCUUACUUGUAAAAAUAAUUAAAAACCAGUCAAUUAAAUUGUA